UGAUUGCAUGUGGAUAAAACACGCAAUAAUGUGGUUUAGUAAGUGGGUUAGAAUUGCUGAAAGCGACCAAAGCGCUGGCUUGAAGACAACAAAACUUGCACUUUUGCUUCAGCCUUUUUGAGUGGCUCCAUUCCUGAUACUGUAAAGAAUCUAAACAUGUCUACUCUCUCGCUCCAUGGCCCGUUCUUUGCUCUUCUCUGUUUGGUGACCGUGGAUUGUGGAGACGGAAAGCGCCAUGUGGCUGAAACCGAAAACGAGGCACUCAUCCAGGUCAGCAGGUUUGUUUCCAACGCAAGUCAGUCAUGGAGAAGCACACAGGAUUUGGCAAGUGUUUCUCUGUCACAGCGGAUGGAGGUUUACACGGAUGAGAUAGACUUCGAGCUGCAGUUCUUGAGUGCUGUGCCUGUCUUUACGGACCAGGACAACUACAUUGCCUUGAUUCACAACAAUACUGCUGCCCUCCAGAAGUAUGUGCAGAAUCAUAGUUUUUUCUGCACGGGACCAAACGGAUCUCACAGAACCCAACUUCGUUUGUCCGCAUCUUUGCGUGCAGAAUUGUCGAUCUUUGCUUGUGAUUGGCCAAAAGAAGAUGGAAUGACCGGAGAGUAUGAUGUCUUUCUGGAACUUCCCAAUGGAGAGAUCAUAGGACAAGUACAUGCCAACUACAAGCCAUCCUUACUGAAACAGUAUGGGACGAUGGCUUGUGUGCGAAAUCUUUGGAACGAUCCUGGUGCAAAUGUUUCAGGCCUUGAAAGCUUUCCGCAGUGGCUUGACUAUCACCGUAUGCAUGGAGUUCAUCAUUUCAUCAUUUACACAACAAGCGAUAUGUCACCAGCGCUGCAGGAAAUGUACCAACCAUACAUCGAUGAAGGAGUAGUGACCAGAGUUCACCUCGACGUGCCUGCAGAGAGAUGCUGGUGCUAUACUUGCGUCCAACAACUACUGAUUCUCAAUGAUUGCCUCUACCGUGCAAAAGGCCAUGCAAGAUGGUUGCUGCCAAGCCUGGAUGUAGAUGAGUAUUUGAGAGUGAAUUUGCCAGCAGAAGAUGUGACCCGCUUGAUGGAUGGCAGAUCAGAGGGGAGACGUCCUGUGGCUAGCAUUUUCUUCAAAAAGUUCCGCUUUGCAAGAGCCCCACCAGGGAGCUUGGACAUAUCAUCUCCUCGGUAUUCCAAUAUUCCCGAGGACAACGCUUACAAAUAUGCUGCCAACGUAUCUCUGGUCAAUGUCGUUUCAGUCCAUCAUCAUCAGCCUGUAAAGGGCUUGGGCAAGAUUCUCUAUGAAUCACCCACGGUUGCAGCGGUCAAUCACUAUCGCCAUCCCCACCUCAUAGAGACGCAGACAUUCGCCUUUGCCAAUUCAUCUGACAACUCCUUGUUGGCCAAAGUUCCAUUGCUGGAAGCAUCAUUGGAAAAGCGAUACGGAGCAGGAUGGAAAGGCUUUCUUGAGAGGAUGCGCGCAGCACCGGAACUGACAAAUUGGAGUUGUUCUGCAUAUAGCUUGAGCGCCAACGGCCCCCCAGUGUGGGAGAAUGAGUAAGUCAAUUUCCCACUCCUUCCAGAAGCCAAGGAGUGGUGAACGCUCUUUCUGCUGAAGACAACUUCGUUUUUUCAAGCCGGCUGCCGAUGACGCGUCCAUGUCGAGCGCCAAGCGAGCGAAAUCCUCUCCCUCCACUUUGAGGUUGAGCCAGAGGAGACGCACACGCCGAGGGCAAAACGGCUGAGGGUUGAAGACCACUGCAUUGCGGUUUGGGGGUGUUUUCAUUGUGCCUGCUGUGCGGGUAUCACUUGACGAGACGACUUCUGCAGAUGCACGACAACUUCCUCCACGAAGACGAAUUCCAACUCAAAGACGUUUCCGAAGACAAGUUCCC